GGUUUUUUAGUUUUGAAAUUGAUUGAUUCUCAAUAAUUAUGUGAUUAAGAGAUCUGGUCACAUGGGGUUCGGCUUUGUGACCUUUGCUGAGGACGGUGUUGCAGAUCGUGUUUCAAGAAGGUCACACGAGAUUUGUGGACAACAGUUAGUCGCCGGUAGUGCUACUUCUUGAUUUUUGUCUUAACUUAACUUCCCGUAAACUACCCAUUGCAGCUCAUCACUGAUACUUUAUAAGGUGGGCGGGUGAUCAAGAAUGGGAAACGUGCGCACAUGAAAAUAGUGUUGGGUGGAUGGAGAUGGCUGAGCCGGUUAUGAAUCUUUGUACAAAAACUAUUGAUGGUUCUUAUAUUGAAAAGAAAGAAACUAGAAUGGUUUGGUACUAUGAAGAUGUUGACAAAGAUUUUGGGUCGGAACAGGCUAAGUAACUGUUGGACCAUCUUGAAAACGUACCGGCUAACGAGUGAGUUGGAGAAAAAGGUAUACCCUGGACAGAUUGCACAUGUUGUAUAUGAUGUUGAAGAGGCUACAUUUAUUGCGUUCGACAUGAUUCUAGAAAACAAGAUGGUUAAACCAGAUACUAGAGGUACACUUAUCAAGUUCAUGCAACUAAUGGUGUCUCAUCAUCCUUCCAGAAGACGUUUUGUCGUGGUAGCACGAAUGAUACCAAAGGCUUCAGGAUAA